AUGAAUCCGGUUACGUGCAAAGACUGGGAUAUCAACUCCAUUGUCAGCGACAAUUCCAAUUUCUCUCAUUUGCGUCGCGUGCCUGCCAGUUCGCCGGACGUCGAUGCUCAUAUUAAGCAGUUCGAGGAAGAUGGGAUACCUCUGAUCAUCGAAGGCUUUCACCACGGCCGUUGGCCUAACAUAUUCGAUGCCGAAUGGCUUCGCAGCCAUGGCCCUCAAACUCUCUCCGUUCGGAAUGUACAUAAUCGAAGUGAUAGUAUUAUGCCGACUGAUGAAUUCUUCAAAAUAUCGCGCGAAACAUCAUCAUACGCAGUAGCGAACGAGACAGCGAGACUCUAUGGGAAAGACGUAGAGUGCCCGGCGGAGUGGAACGAUUGGCUACAUAGCGCCCAGGUCAUACCUAAGAAGCUAUUACCCAAGAGCUCGGAUAAUAUGCUCAUGAAUUUGCCCAACUCGACGCCAGUGGAAACUCUCAUGUGCUAUAUAGGCAUCGGAGACACCUACACGCCUGCUCACAAGGAUCUCUGUGCAUCGUCCGGUCAGAAUCUGAUGUGCUACACGGAGGAGGACGGUUCCUCCAUCUGGUUCAUGACCGAGAGCUCCAGUACUCCCGAAGUCGAUGCGUUCUUUAACAAGCUAGGUAACGAAAUCGACCACGAGACUCGGGUCCUCUCGGUGAAAGACUUAGCGAAGGCACACUUCAACGUCUACGUUGCCCGCCAGAGACUGGGGGAUUUGGUUCUUGUCCCUCCUCGAAGUUGUCAUCAAGUCAUCAAUUCGGGCGGUAUCAGCAUCAAGAUGUCUUGGUCACGGAUGACUAUACGAGGGCUCAUGGCUGCAUACUAUCAUGAGUUGCCGUUGUAUAGACGCAGGGUGUGCCGACCCGAGACAUACAAAAUUAAGAGCAUCAUAUUCUAUACACUCCUACAGAAGGCUUCCCAACUCCGUGCCCUCACAGAGAGGCAGGAGCAUGGUACAGCAAUCGCGGCCGACCUAGCCAGCGUUGUGGACCUCUUCGCGUCCAUCUUAGUCGAAGAAUAUUCCGGUCCUGCCCCUCAGUUCGAUCCUCUGACGCCCGGCACUGCUUCCAGCGAACCAUCCUCGUUUGAUCCUCGGUGCUACGAACCCAAGGAUGGCUGCCUUGUUUGUGACUUUUGUGGCGCGGAUAUAUUCCAAACGUACUUCGAGAGUGAGAACUGUUGUGCAGACUCGCCAGAUACCGCGCAAGCUUCGAAAUCCGACCCCUUUGUCUUAUGUCCCGGCUGUUACGCCGAGGGCAGGUUAUGCCAGUGUCAACGUAUGACCCUGCUCCAAUGCUACUCUUUUGACGACCUACACAAGGAAUUGCAAGACGCAAUAAUAGUACUGGAGACUUACCAAACAAAGAACCGAUUAACGAUUGACGCGCAGCGCUUCGAUGUCCAGAAAAUGUACGGAAUUUCGCAAGCUGCUUCCGUGCUUCACAAACUGCGUGACCUAUCGAGCCAGGACGGCAAGUGUCGUUUCAGUGGUUCUGAGCACUCUCACGCCGUAGAAGAGGCGUCUUUUCUUCGCUGCAAGCGCUGCCAUUCCUCAAAAUGCUUUUCUCACGUGCUGAAAGAUUACAAGAUGCACUCAGUCGCCGCUCUCAUAGAGUACUCUCAUGAUCGAAAACAUCUUUGUUAUCACGACGAACACAAACGCUCUAGAAAGGAUUACGAAAGUGCCUACCAUGGUUUAAUUCAGGCCGAAAAGUCCGGCCAGCGUCCGGAGCUCCACCAUCAGUUGACCCGUCUGGCACUCAUGCAUCAAACUUGCAAGCCGUUGAGUGCCUCGAUCGUACCAGGAUGGUAUGACCGCAACAUGGAAUUGACACCUAUAAGUGCUGCAUCGAUGGCGCUUGAUGCUGUUGACCCCCAACCAUUACUGAAGACAAGCGUGGCCCCUGAAGCUUUCACAGCAUUUGACUUAGGCAGUCUCUCUGAUACUUCGACUCUAACACCUAUUUCCUCUCGCGCUUCUUCACUUACUCCCCAGACAAUGCAACCUGCCCCUACUCCCUUCAAGAUAGGACAAGCCUCAUUGCGGCGCCUGCAGGACAACUUUCUUGGAGUUUACUUGCCUGUCCUGCCGGAACGACGUCAGACUCGCCCUUCAGAAGGAUAUGCAAAGAAGAGUAUCUCUGUAGUCCCCUCCAAAGCCUCAAGUUCUCCAUCCAUAGUCAUGUCGGGAGGAGUACGCGUGGGGAAGGUAUCGCUGAAGUCAUACCUUCGUGCGGACGAUGCAGGUGUCAAGCCCACUCGCAAGAGGUCUCGCGAGGACGAUGGUGGGCCGUCAAACCAUGUUUCGACUUCUCCAGGGAAAGUUAAGGUAGCCAGAACACAUCAAAGAAAAGGGUUAACAAAGAGGCGAGAGAGGCUCCAUAGCGAACAGUCUGCUGAUUCAGCGUUUUCCUCGGCCCUUGCACAACAUCUCGAAGCAGCUCUUCAACGCACACCAGACGAUGAGGUAGAUGAAGUGGUGCAUGAGUCGAUCCCGCCGCCCAAACUCGAAAGAUGCCGAAAGCCAAAAGCUGUGGCACAACCAACGCACAAAUAUAGAGAACACCCUGUUGAAGUUCAUUCCGUAAGGGAUGAGCCGCAGGAGGGCCCAGGAGCUGACCUAUCGACGAUCAUUGCUUCCCCGCCACCCUCGGACAUUGUACCAGCGGCCAUUGCGGCAGGAGCUGACCCGACAACGGCCCCGACACAAGGCGAGAUUCUCCGUGCUGCAGCUGCUUUCACCAUGCAAGUGCUUUGGGAUGUAAGCGGGCAGAUUGCCCAGGCUAUUGACUCGUCAGCCAGCACAGUAACCUCUACUGCAUUUCCGCAUCAUUUGAUGCAACAGCCCUUGGGAACUCAAGCAGACACUGCUGGCCCUCCGCCCCCUUAUCCAUCGAAUGAAAAUCCGUACACCGAGGUCGAUCGUCCUCGGGGGGUAUUCUAUCCUCCGACAGUAUUCGGUGCGAGAGAUUUCGCACCCAGCGUCUAUCAUUCUGGCGGCCUUGCUCGCUCAGCGAGGCCGACACGUCCCAGAGAUGUGCAUUAUGGGCGCGAUAAUAGUGGUCCAUCAUCCUUCCAUAGACAACCACAUCGACACGAACCCAGAAACUGGCAUGCUGACCAGCGACACAAGGACUAUCAACAUGGGCACAACAAUAACCAAGAUGGGCACAAUAGCUACCGACAUCGGCGCAACAACAAAUCAUACAACAAUAAUCCACACCGGUACAACAACGAUCGUCGAUACAAUGAUAAUCAACAGCGACGCAGCGAUGGUCAGCACUGGCAGCACAACAAUGUCCAUGGCAAUACUCAGCCUCGAUAUAAUGUUCACCGUCAUACAGGUUACAACAACCAAUUUAACCGGCGCCGCCCUUCGUCGAUACACAGAGAUAACUUACGUACACACCAACACCAGUCGCCCCGCGAGCAACUCGAAGAAGGUUUACGGAACUCUGAUGAAGAUGAAAUGAUCAAAGACGCGAGGGAGGUACAAGAAACGGGGGAUUCGACUCCCUCUAGUGCACUGGCGGCCCAACUUUUCCUCCGUGAUGAUAGAACGCCUGAGCAGGCAUGGGAAGAUGAUUACGAACAGUUUGAUGAAAGUGAACAAUCUGCCUCUCGUUCGCCUCAAGUCGCCUCGCCUCGCAAUGAUGAAGACAAAGGUCGCCGCACCCUCUCGCCACAAGCCUUGACGUUCGACUUGACCCACAAUCCCUGGAAUUAA